AUGGUAUACAUCAAAGACUGGCCGGAAUUCCAGCAACGCAGCAUCAAGCUCUUUCAGUCCAACCCCUCCCGUGCGCGCUAUCUCAUCAAGUCGCACGCAGCGACGCACAGCCUGACGCUCAAGGUGACGGAUGACACGACGACGCUCAAGUACCGCACGCGGUCGUCGGCGAUCUUGGGCAGGCUGGAGAUCUUUAACAAGGCCAUGACGUAUGCUAUGGCGGGCUCGAAGACGCCGCUCUUGGAUGCGAAUCCGGAACCGACCCCAGCAGUGAUAUCAGCAGCAGCAGGAUUGGCAGCGGUGGAGACGGAAGCGGCGACAGGCGCAGCAGCAGCAUCAGCGAACGGCGCAGCACCAGUAGGAGCAGCAACACCUGCCGCCGCAUCAGAUAAGAAGAAGAAAAAGAAGAAGGGCAAGAAGUAG